AUGUCGGACAGUAGCCUGCGCCUCCGCCUCGCGGUGCGCCGCCACGGCCUUCCAGAGGUCAAGAUCGUCUUCAUUCUACCGCUUGAAGGCGACCCCACCGUCAGCAAGCUCCUUGAGCUCGUCAAUGACACCGUACCUCUCGAAAGCGCCGACUGGGGUCUGGAGGACUAUGCCGUCGAGCUUCCCGGCGGCUUUGAGUGCCUGCACUUCCAGCCCGUGCGCACUGUGAUCGAGAAAGAUGAGGAGGUCGUCAUUCGCCCGCUUCUCACCGACGAUAUCAAGCGAAGGCGUGUUAGCGGCCGGCUUCAGAUAACGAGCGACGGCAAGCACCUCAUCGACGGCGUGCCCUUCGGACGACCAUUGUUGAAGAGGGCGAGAAGGCGCCCGCCUGUUCGAAUUGAGCCUCGCAAGAGAGCGAGAUUGACAUAUGGCGACGAUGAAGAAGAGGACGACCAGGACGAGGGAGAAGAGCCUCUCCUUCUGACGCAGUAUGGAGAGUUCGCUGAUUCAGAUGAUCCGUCUGUUGUACGAUUCACAUCUACAUUUGACGAUGCGGAUGCCUUGGACCCUGAAGAAGGGGAUGGUGAUUUUGACGGCGAAGCUGACGACGACGAUUCAGAGUAUGGUAGUAGUGAUGAGGAGGAUCAUGAAGACCUUGCCUCCGGAAUUGAGGAGGAUGAACUCCAGGCUCUGCAGGACGAUCUGGCUGGCGAUGGCGAUGCGAUGGAUACCGAGGACUCACGAGAGAAGGCAAGCAAAACAAGCGAAUCACAUCUCAAGGCAUAUGUCGAUUUGUCGACUCUGGACAAGAUCACCGCAUUGAAGGAAGCGUUUCCAUCGUGCGCCACCAGUCAAUGCGAGCGCAUGCUCCAAAAACAUCGAAACAACGAAGUCAAGGCUUACAGAGAUCUUGCCAGAUCACAUGACGCCGAAAUCGAUUUGGAAGACAUGCUACUGUACAUGAAAUCUUUGCGAGAGGAAUCGCAGGUCCGGUUUGAUGACCAAGAUGAUGUGGAUGAAGACAAUGAGGACAAUGAAGCUGAGGAUCAUGACGAGGAUUAUCGGGAAGGCCGAGCGGAUGAUGACCGAGAUGUUGACGAAGAGGACGAUGAAGAGGACGAUGAGGAUGACGCCGACUCGCUCGUCCGUCAUUUCGACCGGCACGGCCUUCCGCCAGGAUCGAUCGCCAACGGCACUGCUCUUGAUUUUAUGGCUGCAGUUAGGAAUGGGCCUGCUGGUCAACCGCUGGUGUCUAGGGUCAAGAGGCUAGACUUGGACGAUGAUCCGGCGAAUGAAUCGACCGUGCACAAGGCUUCUGGACAACCUGCAACUACUGAGAGUGACAAGCGCUCGGAUUCCACCAGCGACUCAAGCUCUGAUUCGGGGUCAGACAGCAGUGAUGACAACUCUGAGGAGGCGCACAGCAGUGGCGGUGAGAGCAGUGACAGCGAUGCGGACAGCGAUGAGGACUUCGGCACUUCCAGCAGCGGCAGCAGCUCGUCCGGUGAUGAGAGGUCAGACAGCGCCGACAACAAAAGCUUGUCUGGGAGCUCAGAUAGCAGUUCUGAUUCUAGCUCUGACGAUAGCUCUGAUGAUUCCAGUUCCGAUUCGGCCCCUGAGGAGACUUCUUCCAAGAAGGCUCCGACACAGCCAAGCCCUGAGAAGUCAAACACCGAAUCACGAAGCACAAGCCAUACUCAAUCCGCCAGCGUCGCUCAAGAUCAAGGGCUAGAAGACAAUUCCAACAAGCAUACGGAGAUGGCGCCGGGUCAGGGGACGCUCCGGACGAAGCUGCGAAAUGCUAGGAGACGAGCAGCCCAGCGAGUGAAAAAGCUUGGGCUGGAUGGUGUACCCCAGGGGAACGCACCUGUAAACGUGUCAAAGGACGUUGACGAUGCAGACUUUCAGGCCCGCAAAGCUGCUCUUCUGGCCAGCCUAGGUGAGGCCGGGAAAGAGCCAAUACAGGCUGAGCAAGUAGCAGAUGCUCCCAAAGCAGACGAACCUCCCGCGCCGUCCGCAGACGCCCCCAGCAACACGCCCAAAGUCGCCGAAGAAGGCAUGUCGAUAGAUAAAGCAGAUGAUGCCGACACGCCCCGACGCCGCAUGCGCCUUGACGUGGGCGCUGGACGUAGGAUGCUCUUUGGUGCUCUCGGCUUACGGAAUCCCAAGUCCAAGGCCGACGAGGACAAACUACGCUCUGAUCUGAUGAAGGAUGUCCGUCCACAUGCGUCAACGAAAUCUCAGGAACCAGCAGCAGCAGCCGAGGUCGUCGAGGACAAUGAUGAUCCUGAGGCUUGGCGCAGCAAGAUCAACUACAGCGCGGUCGAGUGUUGCCAGGAGGGUAUUGAACUUAGCGAGCCGCCGUUCCCGUUCGUUCAGCGAUGGGAUCCGCAGCAGCAAUACUCAUGGCAGGGAAAACGGGGCAAAGGGAAGCGGCAGCAGAGGAAUCAGUCACACUUUUACGAGGAUGACGACUCGAGGGGACCCAAAAAGCAGAAAACCUCUGGCUAUGCUGACUACGAAGCAAGCUCGGAGUUUGCUGGCUUUGAUGAUUCGAUACAGUUGGAUGCCGAUGUCACCCUGAACUACGAUGACGAGGAGCCCACCAAGGAAGAUCAGCAUAACACAGCAGGGGAUCUACCCUGUCUUCCUGCCGAUGUCUCUUCGCUUCCCGGCCUCGAGCAGGGCGCCGCCAAGCCUGACAUGAUCAUCACAUGGAAACAACUUCUUCUCUCCAAAGCGACAAACUGGGAACCGAAGGUAGUCGACCUGACUGCCCUGAUUCUCCAAAUCCAGGAUGAUGGCGCGCAGCUUCACGUCCGUCUUGCGAUGCGCGAUCGCGAGCAGAAGACGUACAACGAGGAGACUGGAGAACGUGUGUACGAUCGACAUGAAGCUCUCGAUGCAGAUGACGAGGAUCAAGAGGACGACGGACUUCGUGAACUUCCGUUUGCCGAACUCGUGGAGCCUCGCAUCCUUCGGCAGGCGCCUGCCGAUACGACCGCGGAGAAGGUGGUCCCGCAUUCGGAGGUCAUCGAGGAGACUCAGCAAUGCAACGAUACAGACGUGAAUGGUUUGCAAAGCCUUCAUAGCGACGCUGUCAAUUUCAGCCAUGCGAUCGAGGUGUGGGAGCAGGACAAAAACAAGGUCUCGGCGACGAGCGCUCCGUCUGCAGAAGGUUUCAUCCCAGAGACAUAUCACGACGAAGUUUCAAAAUCUAACUCGACACAGCCUGCCCAGCAGACCUCUGACGCCUUCCUGUCUCAAGACCACGACCAUCUCAACCCUGACACGGGUGACUCCCCAAACCUGUCUGGUGCCCGCGACGAGGAUCCUGACCUGGACAGCCCUUCGCAGCAAUUGGAAGAGACAUCCCAGGCCUGGGUGUCGGAGCGUGCUUCCCACGAACCCCUUCUCGACGAGACUGCCAACACUGAUGAGACGACGAAUGUGCUAUCUGGCAAAGAUACAGAGAAUGACAAGAGGAACAAUGGUCUCCCAAACGGUAGCCUUGACACUCCGGUUGCUUCGGCAGACAGCCUCAACAGCGGCAGGCAACCUGAUCCCGACUUGCCACUUGAUGCAGAGCCCGAGUCUCUGCAAUCCGCUGGCCCUAUGCUCAGCAUCUCGGGCAGCAAGACGCCUCUACCUGGACAGCAGGAGGAUGGCAGCCGGACCCCUACCCUCGAUGCGAAGAAUGCACAAUCCGGCCUGCGUUCCGGCGUUUCCUCUCCUGGUUCGCUACCAUCGCUUUCGGAAGUCUGGCUGUCGGCUUCGCAGUCUCGCAGCACUCAGGAUUCAGCCAGGAACGAUGAGGACAAGGGUCACAAAGAUGUCUCGCCAGCCGAGAUCAAGAAGUCUGCAACGCCGCCGCCAAUGCUGCCCCAGACAAGAGGACAGAAGGUCGCAGCAAGUUCCCAAGUCAACGAGAUCCCGGCGGGAUCGCAAGUUAUUUCGCUUUUGUCCUCGAGCCCUGAGCCGGAGCCGGAGCCUGAAUUUACAGAGGACUAUGCCGACGAUAGUGUUGACGAGACGUACUCAGUGACCAAGCCAUCUGCCGUUAAGGCAGCGAAACAAGGCCCUAAGAGGCAGAGGAUGAAGCGGGUCAGCUUGACGCCGAGCAGUCAGGGCGGCAGGGCUGGAUCUAAGAGGCCCAUUUCCUCGUCGCAGGGCCAGAUGUCUGCUCUGAGUGUCCUCAGCGCUAGGAGGAAGAUGUCUGCAAGGUUUUGA